AUGAAUCACAUAUUUAAUCCCAGCCUCUCCAGCCCCAGCCCCAGCCUCAUCAGGCACAAGGAUGAGCUGAGUCCGUACUAGGCCUGUCUGUGAAUGUGAACCAGGGUCCUGGCGAUAGUAUCUGCAGCUUUUCAGCAGGCAGUCUGGCAUGGCGGCCCUGGCGGGGAGCGGAGGGCAGGCAGGGGAGAAAGAAGUGAAAGCCUUUGAGGACAGAAGAGAUACCCAUACAGUGAGGUAUCUGUGCAAGUUUUGUAUGAGUGGUAGGACUAACCCCAGCAGUUAAAUGAAGCCCGUCUAAAGGAGCACUUCUCCUGGCUGCGUCCCAACUGGCACCCUAUUCCUAUAUAGUGUGCACUACUUUUGACCAGGGCCCAAAGGUAAUCCAUAUAGGGCUCUGGUAGUGUACCAUGUAGGGAAUAGGGUGCCAUUUGGGAUGCAACCCUGGCGUUAAACUACUCUGUUGAAGGGAGAGCCUUCCCUUUCUCUUCCCCUACCUCAACAACCUCAACAUCACCUGGAUGGCAGCCAAGGGGGGGGGGGGAUAAGAUGAAACGUAAUCUGGUUGAAGAUAUGGCUUUGUUUACGGUGACGGACAGAGGCAAUCUUCCUCCUCUUUCCCUGAUCUCUCGUCUUCUUACUCUCCUCUCUCUUUCUCGAUCGCUCUCUCUCGAUCCUCGAUUCUACUCGCGCUCCUCUAUCUCGCUGACUAUAUCUCUCUCGCUAGUUCAAAUCGCAGUCAAUAUGCGCGGUUCCCUCAGUCUCGCUAUACUCGCUGCUACUCACUCUCUAGACUCUCAUCUCUCGCUCCUGAUCUCUCUCUCUAUCUCGUCUCUCUCUGCUAUCUUCUCUCUCUCUCUUCUCUUCUCGUCUCUAUCUCUCUAUCUCUCUCUCUCUCUUCUCUCUCUCUCACACACACUCUCAUCUCUCCAAAGCAGGAGAAGAGAAGUGAGGAGAGGUGAUGAGUUGGUCAGCAGGAAACACUCAGAGCCGUAGUGAUGUGUAAGGUGCCAGCUUUUCAAAUACAGAGGGGCAGGAACAGAAACCAGUCUUAGACAUUUUGUGGUUAGAUCUCUCAGAAAUAAAACCACAAGCUAUGCUAUGACAAAUGAUGUUCCGAUGGAACUGGAAAAAGCAAAACUGUUGAAGGUAACAUCUUUCCAUCCCAGAAAACAUAUGCAUGUACAGUAUAUUUUCCACAUCUGGUACAGAAAAAGGAAAGGGUUACAGGACUGUAUGUGAGCCCUCCUCAAAGAAAGUUUCUGUCUCUUACGAAACUUAUUUCUCUCCCCUCCAGUCUGUCCGGGAAGAGGGGGGCACCCCUCCAGAAAAGGAGCAACACGCCCCCAACCCCCCGCGAGCAAUUCCUUCCCCCCCCGCGCUCACACCCCGAGCGAAAGAAACCCAAAAGAGAGGAAAAAAAAAAGCAAAUCCCCCCUAGCGGGGAACAAAAAAACCCGCUCUCAACCCCCCCCCGCACAACACCCUCUCGUCAACCCACCUCCAACCCACCUCGUCAACACCCCCUGCUCAACCCCACCCCCUCGUGCCACAACCCCUCUCAAUCCCCCCCUCUCUUUCCACACCCCUCUCUCAAUCCCCCCCUCUCUUUCCACCCCCUCUCUCAAUCCCCCCCUCUUGUCCUUACCCCUCUCUUUCCUCACCCCUCUGUCUCUUCUGUCUCUCUUCACCAUCCACAGGGAGCCAAAGCCUGUUUCCUGCGAGACAUCCCCUUCUCAGCCAUCUACUUCCCUUGCUAUGCGCACGUCAAGGCCUACAUGAGUGAUGAGGAUGGGAGGAUUGGACCAGGCAAGCUGCUGUUCUCAGGGGCCAUAGCGGGUAAGAUACCAUGUGGUUCAGACCCAGGGUCUUUUGAGAAUUGUCUGUCGCUCUCCCUGGUUCCUUCUUUCUGUUGGUCUCUCCCUCUCUCUCUCUGUCUCUGUCUCGAUCUCUCUUUCGCUCGGCCUAUAUGAUAAAGUAUAUAUAUAUAUAUCCCAAAACUUCAGGACAAACAAAUAAUACAAAAAAUUGAUUUUUCAACCAUAUUGGUCAAUGACGAUACUGUUAAAACGUUGUCACUAUCACAUGUUUAAUAAGGAACCAUUCUUGGGGAAGCAGAAAACCAUGCGUGAGUGUCCCAGGUGGUCGGUGAGCCACCACAUGGGCCCCUGCUCCAUCCCUCUAUCCUCCAUUCCUCCAUCCUUCCUCCAUCCUCCAUCCCUCCAGCCUCCAUCCCUCUAUGUUUCCUUUCCCUCAUCCAUCCUUCUAACCCUCCAUCCCCCAUCCAUCCAGCCUCCAUCCCCCUAUCCCUCCCAACCUCCUGGCUCCAGGCCUAGGGCCCCAGUAGACGCCGGCGACCGCAGGCUCCAUCGUGGUCGUCCCUAAUUAGAGUGCUCAGUGAUUGGCUGGGGGCUGGGGUUUGGAGCUGAGCGCUGAGGGAGAAGACAGAGCCCAGAGAGAGAGACCGCCUGCCUGCCUGCCAGCCAACAGGGUCAGGAUGGGAUGGGAGACUUUCCACUGCUAACAUAUAGGUACUGGCAGCCUGAGCUGUGUUCCAAAUGGCACCUUAUUCCCUACAUAGUGUGUUACUUUUGACCAGGGCCCAUUGGGUCCAUAGUCUCUCUCUCUGGGCCCAUAAGGCUCUGGUCAAAAGUAUGGAAUAGGGUGUUAGUUGAGACACUGCCUGUGUGUUAGGAGUGUUAAGAGUGAGGCGCUGAGGGAGGAUGGGGAGCGAUGUCGGCCAUAAACAGAUCUCACAAUACUGGAAACCCGGAGGAAAGACUUCCAACAGUUUUGAUCCACAGUCUUCCAGGUCUAUUUCUCCUCUUCGUACACUAAAAUAUGAUCUGGAGCGAGUGUGUAGGUUUAAUAUUUUUUAUUUGAGUGGGUUUGUCUUAAAGCAAACAGCUUAUAAAAAGGCGAGCGCGGAAGCCAAGCCAGGGUGGUUUGGAACGUCACAAGAAUAGGAUUAAUAUUUAUUUUGAAUCCUGAGGGAUAUGUCGGUCAGUACUGUAGUUCUGCUCUUCAGCGCUGAGUGAGCGGCUAGCACAACGCUUCAUGGAAAAGUCAUAUAAAUCUAAAAAGACAUUCCUACUCCCAACUUAUUUUGGUUAUUCCCCCGACCGGGUCCGGAAGCUAUGGUUUACAAACCUGAAAUGCAGUUUAUGAUUUUGCAUUUGCUCAUAGCAUUUAUCACUCCUUUCUACAUUUAUCAGCGGUGAAGCCUUUUGGCAAUUAAAGCUUUACAGUCGGCGCAGGAAAUUUAGUUACACGCUCAGUUUGGGCGGCAAUUAUUGUGCCAACGCAGAACCCCCAUGAUCGGACAAGAUCCACACUGAAGCAUGGGCAGCGAAUGAAGCUGAGGAGAGGAGAGAGCGACGAGAGACGAGAGCGAGAGAUCGCGAGAGUCGCGAGAGGACAGAGGGAGAGAGAGAGGAGAUAAGAGAGAGAGAGAGGCUCUCUCUAUCUCUCUCUCUCUCCUCUAUCUAUCUAUCUCUCAUCCCCUCUUCUUCUUAUCUCUCUCUCUACUCUCUCUCUCUGUCUGUCUUUCUCUCUUUUCCCUCUUUCUAUUCUCUCUCUCUCCGCCCCUCUUUAAUAUCUUUAUCUCCCCUUUCCUCUCUUCAAUGGCUGGAGAGGAAUAUGGUUUCUACUGAGGUAGCUUUGAGAGGAAGAUUUAAGACUGCUCUCCAUUCCUCUCCUCUCCUCUUCUCUUCUGUGAAGUACAUCAGUGCAGGUGGUCUCUCCAGCUCUCACAGUGGCAGUGAGUGAGUUGAUCAGUGGUUGAAUUUAAUGGCUCGUGUAGCUAGAAGGUCUGUGUGACUGGCUGGUGAAGAGGCCGGUGAUGGUAAUGACUGUGCAUGGCGAUCGAAAGCAGCCAUUGAUGAUUGAGGCCAUUCAUAGCUGAAGUGGCUGGAGAGGGCUGCCCGUAUGGGGCCCCCAGUCACCAGUCACCAGUCACUGGCACGUGGGCCGCCUUGUGGGUCCUUCUCAUUACCAGGUAUUGUCUAUCCCUCCAAUUUGAGGGGGGAAACCAUGAAGCUCCAAUGCAGUUUAUUUAUUUAUUUUUCUGAUCGUAAACAACCUUCUGUACGUAUCACUGGUUCUCAUUCAGAUUACUCAAAUUCAACUACGAUUGAAUUAUGUUUUGAAAGAGGCACAAAAGUAUACCAAUUAUUACCUUUGUAUAACCCAACAGCAGUAACGUAUUCAUUCAGAUUCAGCAGUGAUAGUGAUGCAGAAUAGCAUAACCACUACAUUCACAUCCAGUACUAAUAUCAAUCAGUCAAACUUUAUUAAUAGAGCACAUUUCUCACAGGGGAUGCAUUUCAAAGUGCUUAACAAAUAUAAUAGUAAAAGGUGAAUGAAUAAGUACUGAAUCAGAUGACUGCCUGUGUGUGAUUGCUGAGUGAGGCGCUCUCUCCUUAGGCAUGCCCGCGGCCUCCCUGGUGACCCCGGCCGAUGUUAUCAAGACCAGGCUACAAGUGGCGGCCCGUGCCGGCCAGACCACGUACAACGGUCUCGCUGACUGCUUCUGGAAGAUUCUGAAGGAGGAGGGACCACGAGCAUUCUGGAAAGGAGCGGGAGGUAUCACCACAUUUUAUUAAUAUCUGAUAAUGAUGAUGACGUUGAUGACAAUGAUGAUGAUGAUGAUGAUGAUUUUAAUGACUAGGAUGAUGAUGAUGAUGAUAAUGCUGUUAAUGAUGAUGAUGAUGAUGAUGAUAAUGAUGAUGAUAAUGAUGAUAAUGAUGAUAAUGAUGAUGAUGAUAAUGAUGACGACGAUGAUGAUAAUGAUGACGAUGAUGAUGAUGAUGAUGAUGAUAUAAAUGACAGAUUUAGUUUAUUUAUCUGUUAUUACAUAUCUGUUAACACCUUUUUCAGCUGUAUUGUUGUUAUUAUUAUCUAGAAAGGUCCACUGAUGUGGCGUGAUUAUGUAGAUUGCUUUAGGUCUUAUUUGACUCUGUCGUUGUUUUUAAUAACCAUAUUCCACUAUUAUGUUAAAGUGUACCAUGGUAAUCUCUAGCUAACUUGCAACUGUUUUUAACCCUUCAUACAACAAAGUGUUUAGUUUGAAAUCCAAAACCUGUUUUGUGCCAACAUUUCACUCCUUGUACUAUGUGUUUGGCAUGAUAAGAAGAGGGAAGGAGUGGAAUGUUAACACAAACAGACUGGUACCCAGGCUACAGUGGUGUAAUAGUGAAAUAGUGUUAUUGAGCGUUGUGGUUUCUCCCUUUACCAUAGCCCGAGUGUUCCGGUCCUCGCCCCAGUUUGGGGUCACCCUGGUGACCUAUGAACUCCUGCAGAGGUGGUUCUACAUUGACUUUGGCGGACAGUAAGUCAGAACUCCUUCCUCUCCUAAUCUUAAACUGAAUGACAUGAUCCUGGCCCGUAUUCAUAAAGUGUCUCAGCAUAGGACGGCUGAGCUAGGUUCCGGUCCCCCUCCUGUCCAUAUAAUGUUAUUCAUUACUAUAAAAAAAUUGAUCCUUUAUCAGCACUCCUUUUAGAAACUUAAUGAAGAAAUGCAGCCUGCGAAGUCGAAUCAAAUCAAAGUUUAUUGGUCGCGUACACAGAUUUGCAGGUGUUAUAGCGGGUGCAGUGAAAAGUUGAAUGUCUCGCAAAUACAAUGUAAAUAAUCCAAAAUAAAUAACAAUCCAAGUAGAUAUAUUAGAGUGAGCACCUGUCAGAAUCCAGAAUAUAAAUGCGUGGUGUGUAUAGAUGGUAUAUCAUUUGGAAGAAAAUGGUAUCAUCAGUAUAUUUCCUUUUCCGGAGUUAGAGAUAAAAAGAUUUCGUAGAGGGGAAACCGAAUUUCCAAACGCAUGAAUUACUGUUUUACUAGGGGGCGAGAGCUGUGUGUGUGUGCUGUGAUACAGGCCAUUAUUAUUUAAAAAAUAUAUAUAGUUAACCUUUAUUUAACUAGGCAAAUCAGUUAAGAACAAAUUCUUAUUUACAAUGACGGCGUACCCCGGCCAAACCCGGACGACGCUGGGCCAAUUGUGCGCCGCCCUAUGGGACUCCCAAUCACGGCCGGAUUGUGACACAGUCUGGAAUUGAACCAGGGUCUGUAGUGACGCCUCUAUUACUGCACAGUAGUAGGUAUAUUAGGAUGAGCUAUGUGGAGAAUACAGUAGAAACAUACACAGUGACUAAACAACAGUAUAGAAACAGAAGAGAUUAUGAUCAGAGGUUAAGAUCACUUUUAUUGGUCAAUUGCACACAAGGUACAACCAAAAUUAGCUUUUAACUCAACACCUCCAAAAGACACAGACACAUGCAUACAUACAUACAGUGCAUUCAGAAAGUAUUCAGACCCCUUCCCCUUUUCCACAUUUAGUUACAUUACAGCCUUAUUCUAAAAUGAUUUAAAUAAAAAAAAACAUUGUCAAUCUACACACAAUACCCUAUAAUGACAAAGCGAAAACAAGUUUUUAGAUUUUUUUGCAAAUUUAUUGCAAAUGAAAUAAAGAAAUACCUUAUUUACAUAAGUAUUCAGAUCCUGAAUGUCAUAUUUCAGUUUUUUAUUAAACUGAAAUAUAUUUUUUUUAUUAAACCUGUUUUUGCUUUGUCAUUAUGGGGUAUUGUGUUUAGAUUGAUGAGGAAAAAACUUACUAUUUAAUCCAUUUUAGAAUAAGGCUGUAACGUAACAAAAUGUGGAAAAAGUCAAGGGGUCUGAAUACUUUCCAAAUGCACUAUAUAGAGGUUUUGGAGAAGUGUGGGGUCUGCCACACUGGGUGCCUGGGGAGCUGAUAUUGUGGGGGGUUAAGUGCCUUGCUCAAGGGCUUUGAUUCCGCCAGAUUUUUCCAGUUGGACCCGGGAUUCGAACUGGCAACCCUCCGGUUGCUGGCUCGCCUUCCUAACCGCUAGUCUAUCUGCCACCCCAGAAUAUGAGGCGUUCAAUUACUCUAUAUACAGUCGUGGUCAAAAGUUUUGAGAAUGACACAAAUACUAAUUUUCACAAAGUCUGCUGCCUCAGUUUUGAUGAUGGCAAUUUGCAUAUACUCCAGAAUGUCAUGAAGAGUGAUCAGAUGAAUUGCAAUUAAUUGCAAAGUCCCUCUUUGCCAUGAAAAUGAACUUAAUCCCCAAAAAACAUUUCCACUGCAUUUCAGCCCUGCCACAAAAUGACCAGCUGCCAUCAUGUCAGUGAUUCUCUCGUUAACACAGGUGAGAGUGUUGACGAGGACAAGGCUGGAGAUCACUCUGUCAUGCUGAUUGAGUUAGAAUAACAGACUGGAAGCUUUAAAAGGAGGGUGGUGCUUGAAAUCAUUGUUCUUCCUCUGUUAACCAUGGUUACCUGCAAGGUAACACGUGCCGUCAUCAUUGCUUUGCACAAAAAGGGCUUCACAGUCAAGGAUAUUGCUGCUAGUAAGAUUGCACCUAAAUCAACCAUUUUUCGGAUCAUCAAGAACUUCAAGGAGAGAGGUUCAAUUGUUGUGAAGAAGGCGUCAGGGCGCCCAAGAAAGUCCAGCAAGCGCCAGGACGUCUCCUAAAGUUGAUUCAGCUGCAGGAUCGGGGCACCAACAGUGCAGAGCUUGCUCAGGAAUGGCAGCAGGCAGGUGUGAGUGCAUCUGCACGCACAGUGAGGCGAAGACUUUUGGAGGAUGGCCUGGUGUCAAGAAGGGCAGCAAAGAAGCCACUUCUCUCCAGGAUAAACAUCAGGGACAGACUGAUAUUCUGCAAAAGGUAGGGGCAUCCGGAAAACACCUUGUCCAGAGAAGACAAGGUGAGCGCUACCAUCAGUCCUGUGUCAUGCCUACAGUAAAGCAUCCUGAGACCAUUCAUGUGUGGGGUUGCUUCUCAGCCAAGGGAGUGGGCUCACUCACAAUUUUGCCUAAGAACACAACCAUGAAUAAAGAAUGGUACCAACACAUCCUCUGAGAGCAACUUCUCCCAACCAUCCAAGAACAGUUUGGUGACGACCAAUGCCUUUUCUAGCAUGAUGGAGCACCUUGCCAUAAGGCAAAAGUGAUAACUAAGUGGCUCGGGGAACAAAACAUCGACAUUUUGGGUCCAUGGCCAGGAAACUCCCCAGACCUUAAUCCCAUUGAGAACUUGUGGUCGAUCCUCAAGAGGCGGGUGGACAAACAAAAACCCACAAAUUCUGACAAACUCCAAGCAUUGAUUAUGCAAGAAUGGGCUGCCAUCAGUCAGUUUGUGGCCCAGAAGUUAAUUGACAGCAUGCCAGGGCGGAUUGCAGAGGUCUUGAAAAAGAAGGGUCAACACUGCAAAUAUUGACUCUUUGCAUAAACUUAAUGUAAUUGUCAAUAAAAGCAUUUGACACUUAUGGAAUGCUUGUAAUUAUACUUCAGUAUACCAUAGUAACAUCUGACAAAAAUAUCUCAUAACACUGAAGCAGCGAAAUUUGUGAAGACCAAUACUUGUGUCAUUCUCAAAACUUUUGACCACGACUGUACAUAGGACAUUAGUCUCAAGGUGCGGGGCAAGUGAUGGCUGUUCAACAGUAUGAUGGCCUGGUGAUAGAAGCUGCUUCUUAGUCUUUCGGUCCCAGCUCUGAUGCACCUGUAAGUGUCUUACCACAUGAUAAGACUGAGAAAUCCAGAAACGCAAAUGUCAUAGAAAUGUCCAGUCAGAAAUGAUAGCUUCUACUGACAGCUGCUGUGUGAAACAAAAUGAUGGUAAUUUCUAGCACCACUUUUCUACCAACCUUUCAACAGAGGGAGAGAGAUGUGUAGUUUCACAAAGAACACCAUAGGGCUCUGGUCAAACGCAGUGCACUAUAUAGAGAAUAGGUUGCCAUUUGGGAUGCAGACCAUUACUUGGUGGGAUGGACGUAACAUUUCCUAAACUACAGGGCUACAGAGUGUGAAGCAGUGCAGAGAGAAUCACUUUGACUUGGGCUCUUUCUCCUUUCAGCUUUUUGGGUUAAAAUGAGCUAAUUUUCCCUGGCGGAGCAAAUUGGUCACUCUUUAGAAUGCACUUUUCUAAUGUUCCAUUGACCAAUAAGAGACAGAGACAGGAGGGUAAGGGGGAGGCUGUUAGGAUACAUUCCAUAUACAUUCCAUUCACUAUUAAACUGUACAUAUAGUGGUAUUGACAGAAUGUUGUCAAUACUAUUAUACUCUACUUAUAGUGGUAGCGACAGAAUAUUGUCAAUACUUUACACUGUACAUAUAGUGGUACUGACAGAAUGUUGUCAAUACUUUAUAUAUAGUGCUAUUGACAGAAUAUUGUCAAUACUUUAUAUAUAUUGUUACUGACAGAAUGUUGUCAAUACUUUACUAUAGUGCUAUUGACAGAAUGUUGUCAAUACUUUAUAUAUACUGUUACUGACAUAAUGUUGUCAAUACUUUACAUAUAGUGCUAUUGACAGAAUGUUGUCAAUACUUUAUAUAUAGUGUUACUGACAUAAUGUUGUCAAUACUUUACAUAUAGUGCUAUUGACAGAAUGUUGUCAAUACUUUAUAUAUACUGUUAUGCAUAAUGUUGUCAAUACUUUACAUUAUAGUGCUUUUUGACCCGAAUGUUGUCAAUACUUUAAUUACUGUACUGACAUAAUGUUUCAUACUUUACAUUGGGAAACGAAUCCAAACAAAUAGUUUCGCAAGUGUCAUGCUUACAUAAUGAUUACAGGGAAUACUGACAUAUACUGUGUACUGACAUAAUGUUGUCAAUACUUUGGGGCUAUUGACAGAAAGCUGGAUCAAUGACUUUAAUAUAGUGUUCUGAAUAAAUUUUGUAAUACUUUCUAUGUGCAUACAAAUAUAAACUUAAAUUUAGGACAUGAUGUUAUCCAAACAACAAUAUAUUAAAGUUGUCAAUACUUAAUAAAACCAGACAAAUUUUAAAAUACUUUAUAUAGGACUUUACAGCAUUGGGUCAAUACUUAAUUUAGGGUUAUGCAAACCUAUGUUACUUAAUAUCCAACAUGCUAUGUGAGAUGUUGUCAAGUACUUUUUUGUUCAAUGUGAAAACAUUAUGCAGAUGCUUUUUAGGGCGCUUGUAGUGAGUGCAAAAUUUUCCUGCCCUUCCGUUGGAACAGAACCCAACUGGGGAAGGAUGAAAACCAUGUGGGAUGAUCAUUAUAGUCUAGGUUCCAGACUCUGGGGAGCCUUUCCGCCAACAGAUCAAAUUUAGUUGAACUGCUUAAUUAUCUUAAUUCUGACAUAACUGUCUCUUAACAGAAAAUAGACUUGAAAUCGCUGGUAUAAUUAACUCCACAACCAACAACUCAUAUUCAAGUUUAGCUUACUUAAUAAACCAGAAAAUCAAGAGAUACUGUAUAUUGGACUGUUUACAGCCCAUUGGAAAGUCAAAAAAACUCAAUUUAGUAUGCAAAACCCUAUGUACUGUAAAUAUCCAACAUGCAUUCUGUGUAGUCUUCACAGACUUUGUUUUGUUCAAUGUGAAAACAGUACUGUCGAUGGGUUUUUUUUUGUAGUGGUGGGUUUGAAAUAUGGUUUCCCUUUUCCGUAUGGAAAGAUAUCACUGAAGGGAGUAUGAAACCAUUGUGGGAUAUUCAUUUAUUUCUGGUUCCAGUGCUCUGGGGAAAAAUAGCCCUCUCGCCCAGUCUUAAUAUUCGAUUAGAAUGUUAAAUGUUUUGGGUGCUGUGGACAAUGUUUAAUAUAAAACUUUGCCUCUCGCCUAUCUCUCCCUUCUAGACGGCUAUCUUCGAGCUAAAUGAAACGUAGCCAUAUAUCUCCUAUCGCUCCUCUCCUCAUUCCUCUCUCUCUUAUCUCUCGCUCUCUCUAUCCUCCUCUACCUCCUUAUCCUCGCCUCUAUAUCUCAUCCCUCCUUUAUCCUCGCCUAGAUAUCGUCUCACCUCCCAUGCCCUCAUACCUCACUCGCUCAUCGUCCCUCCCCACUCUCUCUCCACACCACAGAAAGGCCGUCUGGCUCGGAGCCGACUCCUCCCAGUCCCGGAUCAGCCUGCCGGCGCCCCCAGCCCCGACCACAUCGGAGUUUCAGGUUGGCCGUGGCCACAAUUUCGCUGGGCCCCAUCGAGAAGCCAAAUUUGGGACCUCCACCCUCCCAAAGAUACAACGUACAAGUAACCCCCCCAUCCAAGGAGGACACCCCUUGAAUUGAAUCCCCUCUGCCCACCCAUAGGGGGCAGAAUAGAGCACACGUGCAAUCGUUACAUCCUCUCCCUCCCACCCCCGCCCAGUCGAGCACUUGGAAUAUUCCAGCCGAAAGAGAAGCACAUUCUGAGUAGUAUGAUUUGCCUCUCUAGGCUUUAAAGAGAAGGAAUGUAUCUAUGUUUUAGUUUAUAUUAUUUUUUCUUUUUAAACCUAUUAUGAUCUUCUUGAAACUACCUUUAUACGUCAUGGUCUAGAAAUACAAAUAAGUUGGUUUAGCUUCUGUUUUAGUCUCAGCUACCCGUAAAGAUGACUUUUUAAGUCAGUCUUAUUGUGAAGAUCAAGCAAUAUCUACAGUACUGACAAUGUGUGUCUAGAGUAGUGUUGUUAUAGUUUGUCUUUUCAUACAGUAAUAUGCACAGUAGUGGAGGGGCUGGCCAUGUCUUGAAUUAGACCUGGCUGCUUCCUUUCAUUACAUCAUCACUAAGGCCGGGACUCAUUCAAAAGUGCAUUGUCAACAAGUGCGUUGCACUUGCUUUUAAAGGUAAUUUACACUUG